CAACAAGAACAAAAAAUACAAUGGCUGUGGCCUUCUAUAUACCAGAUCAGGCGGCAAUGCUGCGCAAGGCUCGCGAACAGGAGAAGCAACUGUUGCGCCUACGCCAAUGGCAGAUGGCCACCGUAAUGCUAAACACCAUACGCCAGCUAAUGGACUCCACGGCCGGCCAGUGUCUGCAGCGUGCGGGUCGCAAGUGCGGCAAGUGGCGCAAACCAUCGCAGUGAAAAACGCAUCUUGAGUAAACCACAACAACUAUAGACCUACAACUGCAACUGCAACUGCAGCUGCAACUACAACUACAACUGCAACUACAACAACAGUCCACAGUCAGGCAAAUAGUACAAAGGAAACAUCCAGCGAUCGGCCUCAUCCAUGGACUUCAGGCCGACGGCAUAUAGCUAACAACUUUCCCCGAUUUCAUCGACUCAAAAUUUCUGCAGCCCCCCUAAGUUUACUCAUCAAAGCGAUUGUGAUAAUGGUUUUGUUUCUUUCGAUAUAGCGACAACAACAACGAGUUUUCGAUUUAGAAAUACUUGAUUUAUAUUAUAAUUAAAUCUAAUUAACGAAAAAUGUAUUUAGUUUGUAAGCUUUUGUAAUCGUCCUGCUUAGAUCUUAAGCGAUAAACAUAUUGUAAAAGCUACAGAAUUCAGUAGAAUAUUUAUAAGGUUUGCCAAAAGUUGUAUCAAUUUUUUGGCAUGCCACAAAACA